AUUUCUAGUCCGUCUGAGAUCCGAACCGUGUUCCUCUUUUACUUAACCAAAAACAAAAUAAAACGCGUGUCAAGCCACAAUUAAUAUAGGGAUCAUAGGGAGGGAGAUCGUAUCGAAAGAAGAAGAAGAAGAAUCAAAGGAUGAGUGGGCACGAGAAUCACGAUGACGUCAGCCGGAUCUCUACUCCCUCCUCCGCAUCAUCGGAUCCCAAAGCUCCUCACUCCUCUGACUACGCUCCUUACCCUAAGCUCGAUCCCAACGACGUCACUCCUCCUCCUCCUGCUCCCGUCUCCGGCAACGCCGCCGCCACCACCAUGCCGCCUGAGUUCAAUCCUUACGUCUCUCCUUCCCCUGUCCCCAAGAAUACAAUGGACUCUGUGAAGGAUACGCUUGGGAAAUGGGGGAAGAUGGCAGCAGACGCCACCAAGAAGGCUCAGGAUCUCUCCGGCAACGUUUGGCAGCACUUGAAAACAGGCCCAAGUGUAGCUGAUGCUGCUGUUUCUCGAAUCGCUCAGGGGACCAAGAUACUUGCGGAAGGUGGAUAUGAGAAGGUCUUCAAGCAGACGUUUGAGUGCUUUCCCGAUGAGCAGCUUCGCAAGAACUAUGCUUGCUACUUGUCUACUUCUGCUGGUCCUGUCAUGGGUGUUAUGUAUCUUUCUACGCACAAGCUUGCGUUCUGUAGUGACGCUCCUCUUUCCUACAAGGAAGGUGAUCUGACCAAGUGGAGCUAUUACAAGGUGGUACUUCCGGUGAACCAGCUGAAGGCAGUGAACCCGUCAACAAGCAGAGUGAACACAUCUGAGAAGUACAUACAAGUGAUUUCUGUCGACAACCACGAGUUCUGGUUCAUGGGGUUUGUGACUUAUGAUAGCGCUGUCAAGAGCCUUCAAGAAGCUGUGCAGUCGCAUGCUCCAUGAGGAGGCUCCACCGGUGUCUCUAGUGUUGUGCAUUUAUAUGUAUGGAACAGUGUGUGUGUGUGUGUACUUUUAUACCAUUUCAGUUUGUGUUGUACAUUUUACUCUCCUGGCGAGUGAUGAUCAUAAAACGGAGCAUUGCUUAUGUUCAUUUACUUUUGUAUGAUUAAAUUAUUAUUUUAUUUACAAAUAAUCCCAUUGAA